CACAGGGUCUGGGACGCGGAGGAAGCGAACGCUAGUUGUACAAGGUUCCCACCCCCACCGCCCCCUGCGAGUAUUAAACCGCACGAUUAUGCUUUCACACACUGCCACUUCAACCGUUCGUUCACGAGCUUUAACGUGAGAAACCGGGGCGGCGUCUUCUGUCGGCCACCUCUUUUGUUCCGCGUCGGGUGCGCGGCACCGAAUGCUCCUAUUUGCUUUCACUGUAACGCCCUGGUUUUCCAGGGCUCCCGCCCAAGACAAAGAUGAAGGGACUGUUCUUGUUGACAACAAGUGCAAAUGUGUCCGAGUUACUGCCAGGAGCAUCCCCUCUACAGAAGAUCCUAAUGAAGAAAUUUUGGAAAAAAACAUCCGGAUUAUUGUUCCUUUGGGCAGCAGGGAGAAUAUCUCAGACCCCAACUCACCAGUGAGAACCACAUUUGUGUACCAUAUGACUGACCUCUAUAAGAAAUGUGAUCCUGUAGAAGUGGAGCUGGACAAUCAGGUGGUCACUGCCACCCAGAGCAACGGUUGUGAUGAAGAUGAGACCUGUUAUACUUACGACAGAAACAAGUGCUACACUAACGUGGUCCCCCUGACCUACGGUGGGAAGACCUACAUGGUGCGAACGGCGCUGACCCCGGACUCCUGCUAUCCCGACUAGCUGAUGCCAUUGCCGACGGCCCAGCUCCUCAUGUAAGGCUCUCCAUUUCAGUCUAGAACGUUAAUAUAUGGAAUACCAAGGACGUCACGGUCAUGAACAUAUUUUCUGGAUAAUGUAAAACUGACUUAUCCCACCCCCCAGCAAAUAAUUGAUAUCAUAACAUUAUUGUUACAUUUAUUGGAUAAUUCCUUCUCAUUAGUAGGUCCAUACGAAGUGUUUAAAUUUCUGACUUCUCGAGCUUACCUGAAGGGGCACACCUCCUUAGGAAUGUAGUUCCUCAUAUAAAGAAAAAACAGACAAGUGAACGAGAGUAAAACACAAAGAGUACAAAGGAGACCUAAUGAGACUGUGCCUUUGUGUGGUGGAUGGGCUUUGACGUGGAGAGCCACUGCUUUCACACCCUUUCCCUCUGUUUAAAAAGUAUUCCUGUGCAGAGAAAGUUUAUGUAUCCUUUUAGGCAAAUAUUCUUUUCUUAGAAAAUCAAUAAUUAAGAAAGAUAUUUGAAACUAUUUGUAAAAAUAUUAAAAAUGGGAGCACAUGAUUAGGAAACUUAUUAUCAGAACAUGAUGUCACUAAAUGCAUGAUUGAACAUUAUAUUUUGGUAUAGCACAGUCUUGGAGCAGUUGCUACAAGUUUUUCAAUUUUUAAAGAUUUUAUUUUGAUAAUCAGGUUAGUAUAAGAGAAAUCAUCCAUCUUGUAACUGAAUCUAAAGAACUCUGUAUCCCAAAUAUAUAUUCUCUCCCAAAUAUAUAUUCUCUAGCACAGUUUGACCAAUUAAAUAGAUUUAUAAGCAUA